UUUGAGUUGGCCAUACUGACUUGGCGGAGGUGCGGUUCAAUCGGUUUUAGUCAUUAUUUAGAGCGAUUAGUUAUCACAAAAUUGUCAACAAUUUUAGUUUGUAGGUGUGGUUGUUAAUUUUAUUUUAUAGCAAAAACUGGAAGCCUCUGCCGAUGGAAAUGUCUGGAACACUACCAGCUUGUGUUAUUGAUGUGGGCACUGGUUACACAAAACUGGGCUACUCCCCAAAUAAAGAACCGCAAUUUAUUAUACCCUCAACCAUUGCUAUCAAGGAGUCGGCGAAAAUCGGCGAUCAAGCGCGGCAUCGAGUUGGCAAAGGUGUUGAAGAUUUAGAUUUCUUUAUUGGGGAUGAGGCAUUUGAGGCUUCUGGAUAUGCUGUUAAAUAUCCAGUCAGACAUGGACUGGUAGAAGAUUGGGAUUUAAUGGAGAAAUUCCUAGGACAAUGUAUAUUUCGUUAUUUGCGGGCAGAGCCUGAGGAUCACUACUUCUUGUUAACAGAGCCGCCAUUAAACACGCCUGAAAAUCGUGAAUACACUGCCGAAAUAAUGUUCGAGUCCUUCAAUGUGCCCGGCUUGUAUAUUGCGGUGCAAGCUGUGCUUGCUUUAGCCGCCAGUUGGGUGUCCCGUCCCAUUGCGGACCGAACGCUCACCGGCAUUGUUAUUGAUAGUGGCGACGGUGUGACGCACGUAAUUCCCGUCGCCGAGGGCUAUGUUAUCGGUAGUUGUAUUAAGCACAUUCCUAUUGCUGGAAGAAACAUUACCUAUUUCAUCCAGUCACUGCUGCGCGAGCGUGAGAUUGGCAUUCCUCCCGAGCAGUCGCUUGAAACCGCGAAGGCAAUCAAAGAAAAGCACUGUUACAUUUGCCCAGACAUUGCCAAAGAAUUCGCCAAAUACGAUACGGAUCCGGCGAAGUGGAUGAAGAAGUACGAGGGCGUCAAUUCCGUCACCAAACAGCCGUUCAGCGUCGACGUUGGCUAUGAGCGCUUCUUGGGACCGGAGAUCUUCUUCCAUCCGGAGUUUUCAAAUCCUGAUUUUACCACACCGAUUUCGGAAAUCGUCGAUGAUGUGAUUCAAAAUUGUCCGAUUGACGUCCGUCGGCCGUUAUAUAAUAACAUCGUACUGUCUGGUGGAUCCACGAUGUUCAAAGACUUUGGGCGAAGACUUCAAAGGGAUAUUAAACGCACCGUAGAUACUAGAUUACGCUAUAGCGAAAGUUUAGGCGGUGGUAGGAUAAAGCCAAAACCUAUUGAUGUGCAAGUUGUUUCGCAUCACAUGCAACGAUAUGCCGUGUGGUUCGGAGGUAGCAUGCUUGCAUCCACGCCUGAAUUUUAUCAAGUCUGCCACAAGAAGGCCGAGUACGAGGAAUACGGACCGAGUAUUUGCAGGCACAAUCCAGUAUUUGGGACGAUGACUUAAAUUCGAAUGACGUGUUUUUAAUUUCGUUUAUAUAUUCAACAUACUGAUCAAUUAGAGAGAACCCCAACACACAUUGUUGUAUUGUAACAUAUGCGAUUGAAAUUAGUUCGUCUGUUUGCGAAAUUGUAUUUCAUUAAUCAAAAUAUGAGUAUCUAACCAUUACCUCCAUAUUUUAUUUAAAUAUUUGAUACAUAUUUUUAUUGCUUUAUAUUUAAUAGUGUAAUAUUAUGUUUUUCAUUCAACAAGAAUUAAUAAUAAUUUAUAUUACUGCCAA